AGCUGGGGGUUGUUGUUUUGCUUGUCGGGAAGAUGGCGGCUCCCAGGGAGGCAUGAAUGAAAACCGCUUCUCUGCAAAACCAGAGCCCUCUCUCAUUAUUAUUAAUAAUAUUAUUGUUAUAUAUAGACAUAUACAUAUAUAUGCAUUUAAAUCUAUAUCAAUCUCUCUCUACAAAAGCGUCAUUCUUCAUCUCUCCUGCAGAAACACGAGGCUUAAAAAAUAAACCCAGAGCAUGAGCUGCGCGGUUUCGCCGGGUGCCGGUAGCACCGCUCCUGUGCAGCCCCGGUGGAAGCGGGUCCUGGGCUGGUCCGGUCCGGUUCCGCGGCCCCGGCACGGUCACCGAGCCGUGGCCAUCAAGGAGCUGAUGGUGGUGUUUGGAGGUGGAAACGAGGGGAUCGUGGACGAGCUGCACGUCUACAACACGGCCACAAACCAGUGGUUUGUGCCAGCAGUGCGAGGAGAUAUCCCUCCGGGGUGCGCUGCGUACGGAUUCGUGUGUGACGGGACGAGGCUGCUGGUGUUCGGAGGCAUGGUGGAGUACGGGAAAUACAGCAAUGACCUUUACGAGCUGCAGGUAGGGGCUCCGGCCUUGACUACCUCCUCAAUCUCUUAACCUCUUACUGAGAGGUCAGCAGAGG